CAAAUUUCUCAAAAGCUCACUGAAAAUGUCACUGAUCCCAAGAAUCUUCGGCGAUCGACGAAGCAGCAGCAUGUUUGAUCCAUUCCCAAUGGACGUGUUCGAUUCGUUCAAGGAAUUAGGCUUCCCAGUUUCUAAUUCAGGGGAGACCUCUGCAUUUGCGAAUACUCGAGUCGACUGGAAGGAAACUCCAGAAGCUCAUGUGUUCAAGGCUGAUCUUCCAGGGCUUAAAAAGGAGGAAGUGAAAGUGGAGAUCGAAGAAGAUAGGGUUCUUCAAAUUAGCGGAGAGAGGAAUGUGGAGAAAGAAGAUAAGAAUGAUAAGUGGCAUCGUGUGGAACGCAGCAGUGGGAAAUUCAUGAGAAGAUUUAGACUCCCGGAGAAUGCGAAGAUGGAUCAAGUUAAGGCUUCGAUGGAGAAUGGAGUGCUUACUGUUACUGUUCCAAAGGAACAAGUGAAGAAGCCUGAUGUCAAGUCCAUUGAGAUCUCUGGUUAAAAGUCCAUUUGUGAAUUAAGUAGUAGUGUAUGAUAUAUGGGCAAAUAAAGAACUGAAUCCGUUGUGUCUGUUGAAGAUAUGAAGUUACUCUGUUUUUCUAUUGAAGUGUUGAGUCGGCUCUGUUUCUAGCCUAAUGGCGUAAUUGUACUUUCUUUGAAAUUCCAUGUUUAAUAUGAAACAUUAGU